AUGCGUGGUGUUAAGCGGUUUGGUGUCCGGAAAAAGUUAAGUCCCCGAUUUGUCGGACCCUUCGAGAUCUUAGAAAGGGUUGGCGUGGUGGCCUACAGAGUAGCCUUACCGCCGAGGCUUGCGGGGGUGUACGAUGUGUUCCAUGUAUCUAAUCUCCGCAAGUAUGUUUACGAUCCGGAGCAUGUUCUCUCGUAUAUACCGACAGAACUUCAAAUGGACAUGACCUACGAAGAGUUCCCGGCGUACAUUGUUGAUCGGGAGGUACGAAAGCUACGGAGUCGAGAAAUUCCAUAUGUUAAGAUCUAUUGGAGCGAACACGGCGAUCGAGAAGAGACGUGGGAGCUUGAGGACAUGAUGAAGGAGCGUUAUCCUCAUCUUUUCGAGGAACUAAGAUGA